GACUGUCUGCUAACACAUGUACACGAUGUCUCGUUGGCUGCGAUUAGACGACGGACAAACUUAAGAAUUCUUUGCUUCGAGGCAAAGGUUUAUUUGUGAUAGUGCACUGGCUGUUGUCAAAAUGUACAUCAGGGGAGAAGUCUGUGAAACAAUCUGUAUGGCCCAAACUUGAUAUCUCUAUGUGAACGCGAAGAACUUCAGUCGGAGGCCAUACAGAAUUUACCACAAAGUGUCAGUGGCUACCACCAGUUGGCGUAACAACAACAGAAGCAGUGUAAUGAUGUGUCAGACAGGAGAGAUAUGGAUGUGAGCAAGAAAGUUGAUAGUUUACAUCGCAUCGGUUGUUUUCUAACCACACAGACACGGAUACUUGGAGGACAACCUCUUCCACUGAGGAGUGUGCCAUUACAUUAGGGCUACGAGAAGGCGACACUAAUCAUGCAAGGAGUUGCAGCAAAACGAGGAAAGAGGAAAACCAACGAAAACUGUCACCAGUCAGAGUGGGACGAUGUUCUGCCUGUACCCAAACUCAGCUUCUCUGUGGCAUCUGUCCUCGUCUUCUGUCUGGCGGUGCUGUGUUUCGCGAACAGCUAUGACGGGGAGUUUGUGUUUGAUGACUUAUGGGCCAUCACCAACAAUAAGGAUAUAUUACCCGAAACACCACUCACAGCGAUAUUUUCACACGAUUUCUGGGGACAGUUGUUGGAUGAAAAGAGUCACAAGUCAUACAGGCCAAUUACUGUGAUGACUUACAGGUGGAACUACGCAUGGGCAGGAGGACUUCAUCCUCGGGGCUUCCACGUUGUCAACAUCGUCCUGCACGGCUUGGUGUCGAUCAUCUUCCUGGCAGUAUUCUCUGUCCUCAUGUCUGGUUACCAGGUGGACCAGGAAUCUGCCAGGCCGGUGUUUGCCUCACCUCGAGCUGCUCUCCUGUGUGCUGUGUUGUUUGCUGUGCAUCCAAUCCACACUGAGAGUGUUGCUGGUGUCGUAGGUCGGGCUGACCUGCUGUGUGCCUUGACCUUCCUUCUAUCAUUCCUCCUGUAUGCCAGAGCAUGUUCCUCGUCUUCAUGCUUGGUCAGCUACCGUCCCGAGUCCUUCCUUCAUGCCAUGUCAGCUACCGCCCCGACUUCAUGCCAUGUCAGCUACCGCCCCGAGUCCUUCUCCCUGAUGUCUAUACUGGCCACUUCAUGCCAUGUCAGCUACCGCCCCGAGUCCUUCUCCCUGGUGUCUAUACUGGCCAGUAUGUGUCUGUGUGUCGUGUCCACCUUCUGUAAGGAGCAGGGCAUCACUGUCAUAGGCAUCUGCAGUGUGUUCGACGUCAUCGUUGUAUGUAGGGUCGAUCCUUUCAAGUGGUUGUCAUACAGGAAUCACGCAUUCAACAAACAGUUUUUCAAGGAACGAUUGUCGCCAUGGAUGAGGAGUCUGAUGAAGCGUCACCUCAUCCUGUUUCUGACUGGUGCGUCUCUCCUCGUUACUCGAAUAUGGAUCAUGGGAUCUACAACACCAGUAUUCGGAGAUGGUGAUAAUCCGCACUCUUUAGUCAAUGGCAGCGUGUUGAGAGUGAUCAACUACAACUACCUAUAUGCAAUGCACGUUUGGCUGCUGUUAAACCCAUGGUGGCUGUGUUUUGAUUGGGCGAUGGGUUGUAUACCUGUCAUCACCUCAUUGGCUGAUCCAAGAAUACUGGCAGUCAUAGCUCUCUGGACUGCGUUUGGGGUGUUGAUAUUCCAUUGUUGUCAUGGUGAUUUCAACACUAUCCGCCGGAUCCUGAUAAUGUCACUCGCCAUGCUUGGUGUUCCCUUCCUGCCAGCCAGCAACCUGUUUUUCCGUGUGGGCUUCGUGAUCGCAGAGAGGAUUCUGUACCUGUCCUGUGCUGGCUUCUGUAUGUUGGUGGUGCUCGGGGCCAGACAGAUUUGCUUUCACUUCCACUCAACUUACAAACAGAGAGUUGCAGUUGGAUUGACGUUCCUCGUGGUUAUAUUUGCUCUUCGGUCAAUACAGAGAAACAACGAUUGGAAAACACGACUGUCCUUGUUCACAUCAGGUGAUAAAGUAUGCCCAAGGAAUGCAAAGAUUCAGUUUGGACUCGGCGGUUAUCAUGAGGAAAUCAACAAUACAGACUAUGCAAUAACGAAAUACAGACUUGCCAUCGAACUGAAUCCCCUUGAGGCCAAAGCCAUGCUCAACCUGGCCAUCAUCCUGAGACGACAAGGAGAUGUAUCUGAGGCCAAACAGCUGCUGGAGAAGUCUAUCAGUAUCAAUUCACGUCGUGCAGACACAUGGAUGAACCUGGCGGUGGUGCAAGCCGAGCUGAAUAUGACUGAUUUGUCCGAGGCCAGCUUUCUGGAAUCUAUUCGACAAAACGAUACCUGCUCAGACUGCUUCUUCAACCUAGGCAAUCUAUAUCGAGACACAGGGCGAUCUACAGAGGCACUCACUGCCUGGGAAAAUGCUACGCAUCUAUGGCCUUCCUACACAGCGGCCUGGAAGAACACCCUCCUGCUGCUGGCCGAUCUGAAGAAGUACGACAAAGCUAUUGAGGUUGGCAAGGAAGCACUGAAGGCACUGCCAAAGGAAACAGACCUGAUGUUUAAUCUGGCCAAUACUUACAUCAUGGUGGAUAAGUUCCAGGAAAGUGAGGACCUGUUCCUGGCUGGACUACAGAUAGACCCACACAGCGCCAAGUUCCAUCACAACCUAGGUGUGUUGUACCAUCGAUGGGGAAAGACUGAGAAAGCCGAGCCAGCUUUAACGCGGGCAGUGCAACUGAACCCAAAGGAUGCGACGUACCUUAAAAACCUUCAGCUGAUUCGAGAAAAAAUACGGGAAAAUGUGUAGCCCGGAUUGAACACGACUUUACCAACGCACACAUGGAAUAUGAGCAUCAGCUGUGUUCAUAACCAUGUCCCUUGCAAAUUUGAAAGGCAUUGUCAUGGUGUCAUUGAUCUUUUAAGGAGACGUGCGAGAUAGAGCGGUGAUGAAGUGUUGGCACAUAUGCAUAUCAACAAUUCAGUAUUCACGACAUGGAAGGGUUAUUGUUCUAGCAUGCCGCGUGGACAGAUGUGUUUCUUCCAAACCUGGCAUCGUCAUCGGGACGAACUAGGAUUCGAACACAGGCAUGCGAUUCUUGUGUUCCCAAGGUACGCAACUCUGCAUAACCAUAGCGGCGCCUUAGACGUAUCAGGAGAUUGUUAGGACAGGGAGAAAUAAAUAUGAAGAAAGUUGACGUAAAUAAUCCUCAUGCGUUAAGCGCGAGGAAUCUCCUUGCUUUAAGUAAGUGUGUAUGGGUCAUGCUAUUGGUAUCCAGUGAGCAAAUCUUGGUUUAUGCUUGGUAUGGCUUCAGAUGGCCUGGUAAUAAAUGAGACUAUUUCCUUUUACCACAUCGCCUGUGAAGAUGCAAGGACACAAUUUAUUAUCGCCUGAAUGUUACAAAACUUCUUGUUAACAGUGCCCUGAUUUAUUGAAUAAAGAUCCGGAACGGAUGCAUGUUAUACACUCUAAAAUGAGGUGGAUUUCGAUCAUUGCAAUGCAAAUUUUAAAAUAUUUGUGUAGCUAUUCCUAUUUAAAGUGAGUACAUAUCUAUAGUCUGGUUGUUCUCUGAUGGUUUUCGUCGGUUUUCGAUGCUUUUCUGUCGGUAUUGUACAAGGCACUCCUGUGUGUCACGCCAAGUACCCAUGUGUUGCUGGAAGCGUCCCAUGUGUUGCUGGAAGCGUCUGUUAGGUGUCAUCACCAUGACAUUCCACCAGGUUAUAACAGAUAAAGAAUUAAAUACA